UCUUUAAUCGUUCGUCGCAUAUCCGGAAGGUCAUGCUUCACUUUUUCCUUUAAGCCGAUCUAAUAGAUCGCUGACGGAUAAAGUGAGAGCUCUACGACCACCCUCCGAGCUAUAACGCAGCGCGAUGGCUGCUAAGCGGCCGCUGCACCCUCAUGAUAACCUUUAUGAUUUUAGCCGCGGUCCCCGCAAAUGGCGCACCAGUUCCUGCUUGGCGCCAAUACCGGUGACCCAAAAAAAUUUACCCAUGAAGGCGGACAGAGUGUGGCCUUGCAGCCGGGCGAAGCUGGCGUUCAGUGGGCGGGCCUUUCUCUUGCGUAACCUUUCCCUGCUGCUGUGCUGUGCUUUGCCUGCCAAAAGUGAGCCCGGCGUCGUUGUUCCCCGCGCCGCCAUCAUACCGGACUUUUAUACGGGUAACGUCAGCGACACCGAUUUGAAUCUGCCCAUUAGCAUGAAAGGCGUCGGCGAUGUGCAGCAGCUGUACCAAAUAUACCGAAACCUGCACUCCAUAUGCAAGGACUGUGACCCCUCCCGGUUGCAGAGCUGGAUCUCCUCCUAUUACACCCCACAACUAACUGCCAGUCAGUCCCUUUCUUUUAUCGGCCAGUUCGCUCCUGGCCAGCUUAGUCUCUCGAACAGCAAAUCCCCCAAAGCCGCGUGGUAUCUCGGUCGCCGUAAACGCCAAGCCGGUGAGCACUCCGACAUAUACGAAACCGACGACGAGUCGUCCGAACUGACUGUCAAGCGCUCCACCUCUACCCGUUACCAGUCAUGUUUGCGCCGCCACAGCGCCGGCAAAGAGCCACCGGCAAGCGUCGUUCGGUUCUGCCAACUGGCCCAGCCCACGUCUUCGCGACUUCCCGUGGAGCGCUUCCAUCUCCACCCCUACCUAUCUAUACCGCCGACAGGGAGCCAUACCCUAUCGACAUCCCCCAAUAAGGCGCUCGUCGCCGUGCGUCUGGUGCGGCGGGGACAGAACCUAGAGGCAUCCCAAACGGGCGCCGCUCGAGUGCGCUCCCGCUCGGCCUCCGGACCCGUCUCAUGGUACCUGGGCAAACGCUCCGGAUCCGCUCCCGCACCUGUUUCCUGGUAUCUAGGGAAACGCUCCGCCCCCGGUCCUGUCUCCUGGUAUCUGGGCAAACGCUCCGGAUCCGCCCCCGCACCUGUUUCUUGGUAUCUAGGGAAACGCUCCGCCCCAGGACCUGUCUCAUGGUAUUUGGGCAAACGCUCCCUCACCCCUACCUCCAAUAAUGCACUGUUGCUCGUUGACCUUAUGCCCAUGAGUGUUUCGGACGCACUGAACGAAGCCGAAUCGAUGUUGCAGUCGUCGUGGAUGAAUAAAAGGUCCGCCACCUGGUACCUCGGACGCAGGAGGUAGCAUGGGUAUUCCAUGCACUGGGCCAUUUGCCUUGAAACCGGCACCAUGACCAUUUGGUUCUCAAUACUUCAGCUGACUGCUGCGUUUACUGCUCAUGCCGAUUCCCAGGUUUUCACAUCCCAAAGGUCAACACUAGUUUACCUAGCUACCGUACCCGCAGUCGUUCUUUCACUGCAACCCGUUAAUCUGAAACAGCAUUCACUUAUUCCUACAUAAGCGCUUGUGCACCAAACAAGGCUCACAAUCAGCUGACAAUACUCGCGGACCGGAUGCGAUUAAUCCCAUUUAUAAUGCGCACUCUCGACACCCUUUACCCAGGUUGUGGGGAUACCGUAAAUCGGUAAUUUAUAGAAAUAAGUGUUGAAAUUUUCACGAAGUAGUUUUUGCUUAGUAGCACUCUUAAAGCCGGUUCCCCUGUCCUAUGGAAACGCAUGCAGUUUUCGCACAAUAACUAUAAGGAUGACAAAAUUAAUAAUAUUGCUAUUCCUGCCUUACUUAUAUUUGAUAAACAGAUAACUACCUGCUGUGUGCAUAUGAACCCCGCUGCCUUUGAUCUCUCCUCAGUGAGUAAAAUUUAAGUACUGAAGCGCACAGUUAACUAACCGAAUGCACUCGUUGUUGUAAAGUACAGCGAUGGUCAAAUUAGCACAUCCCUUGCAAAAAUGUCACCUUCACGGUCAAACCGAUUGUCCCCGUCUCAU